UCCCCACUCAAGAAUGCUUGGGUACACCGAAGAGCCUAUAUAAAUGUGGCCUCGGCCUCAAGGAACAUCCUCAUACUCGUAGACAAGUAAAGAAGGGAACAGAGAGCCUUUGAAGCACUCUUUUCUUGGUUUUGUUGCAAGGCAAGAAAAGCAUUCUUUUUGGAGGGAAGUUCUUGUUUUGUGAUUUCUCUCGAAGGGGCUUUUUUGAAAUCCCCACCACCACUUUGACCUAUAGAACCCAUCAACAUCCUCGCCUGUUCUCUUCUUCAUCAACUUUGGCCUGCCAGACUCCUCCGUACCUGGAAGAACUUCUCUUUAGUCCGAGGCUUUCAGCUUCAGCAGAGAAAGAGAGAGAGAGAUGGGUGUUGCAGGGACUUUGGAGUACUUGUCUGACUUGAUGAGCAGUGGACACAAGCACAGGAAGAGGAAGCAACUGCAGACAGUGGAGCUGAAGGUGAGGAUGGACUGUGAUGGCUGUGUGCUCAAGGUCAAGAAGGCCCUCUCUUCUUUAGACGGAGUGAAGUCAGUGGAGAUAAACAGGAAGCAGCAGAAGGUGACGGUGACCGGGUUCGUUGACCAGAGCAAGGUGCUGAAGAGGGCCAAGUCGACGGGGAAGAAGGCGGAGAUAUGGCCGUACAUACCCUACAGCGUGGUGGCUCACCAGCCUUUCAUCGCCCAGUCCUACGACAAGAAGGCCCCUCCCGGCCAUGUGAGGAAGGUCGAGCCCAUCGCCCCUAGCGCCACCGUGACCCGGCACGAGGACCCUUACAUGACCCUCUUCAGCGACGAAAAUCCCAAUGCUUGCUCCAUCAUGUAGGACUAGGAACCCAAAUUCGUGAUGUACAUGUUCCGCGAGUUUGUCAAACUCGAAGCUAUAGUAAGAUCAACGGUUCUUGCGGUUCGGUUUGCAUCAUGUGAAAAGAAGGAGCAUACAGCUCCGAAUUCAAAUUUCGGAUCGCUGUAUAGUGGGGUCUUGAGGUUUAAGUAAAGUGGGAGGAAUAUUGGGUUGAUUAGGGUCAAAAUUAUUGCUGUGCAUCCAUCUUUGUUAUUGGUAACUCAGAAUCUAGAGAGUGAGUCAGUGUUGUGCCCUUUUGUAGGCUAGCUGAGUUUUAGACUUUUUUCUUCUGCUUUAUCAAUGGCUAUGUUGUCAUAUAUGUAUUGUAUGGACCUAUUGCUCGUUUGGGUCAUGUAACAUGGCAAUGAAUAGUGUAUGCAAUGUAGCUUUGCUUGUGUUUUUCUU